AUGUUUCCUUUUUCUACUUCUCUUUUUCGCCAAAACGUUAGUUUCGUUAUCUUCUUAUUCAUUAGAAAAACUGUCAAUCUUCGUUUUUUUCUGUCCUUUCAGACGCAGUACUGUUCAAUGACUACACCCCAUACGAACACCACCACUCAAAAGAGCGUCAUGUAUCGAAUUCCAUCGGAGAGGACUUUGGAAAGUCUUCACGAGAUGAUUGGGUCCCGAAUGUCCAAGAUGUCUCUUAAAAACACACUUCGUGGAAUUUCGAAUCCCUAUGAAAGAGAUGAAUCCGAAGGAAGUGAGGAUAUGAUUUUCGAGUUGUUCAAAAUUCCCAACAAAAAUGAAGCAUCAAUUGGAAAACUAUUGACGGUUCUCCGUCAACUCGGUCUUCGUGACGAUGAUCCUCGUUUAGUCCCAAUGAUGGAAAAGAUCAGGGAUUUCGAAAAAAUCGCAGAGGAGAAAAUUGCGGAAGCCAAAGAGCAAAAACAUUGGAAACUGACCAAGGAGCAGUUUAAGGAGUGCAUCGCUCCAAGCAUCGACAUUGUGUCCCGUGCACUUCAAACCGAUAUGGUGAUUCCGAAUUGGAUAAAUUUUGUGGAGAAGAUCAGAAAUAUCUAUAACGAGUGUAAAGAAAUAAAAGACGGGCAGGUGGCAACCUAUAUUCCACAAUUGGCAAGACAGUCACCGCACUUGUGGGCUGUUUCGUUGUGCACUGUUGAUGGGCAGAGGGCCUCAUUUGGAGAUGUCAAGCACAACUUCUGUGUUCAAUCUGUGUCCAAGGCAUUCAACUAUGCCAUCGUGGCAUCUGAUAUCGGAGCAGAUGUGGUGCAUUCCUAUGUUGGACAAGAGCCAAGUGGACGACUAUUCAAUGAGAUUUGUUUGGAUUCUACUAACAAACCCCAUAAUCCGAUGGUCAACUCUGGAGCAAUCGUUAUCACCUCACUGAUCAAAAACAAGACCAACAUGGCUGAUCGCUUCGAUUUCGUCCUCAACCAGUACCGUAAAAUCGCCGGAAACGAGUACAUCGGAUUCAACAAUGCCACGUUCCUAUCAGAAAGAGCUACAGCUGACAGAAAUUAUGCGUUGUCGUAUUUUAUGAAAGAGAAUAGAUGUUUCCCGAAAGAGACAGAAUCCCUUACCGAUGCUCUUGACUUCUAUUUCCAAUUGUGCUCCGUAGAGGUGACAUGUGAAUCGUUAGCUGUGAUGGCGUCCACUCUAGCCAAUGGAGGAGUCUGCCCAAUCACUAAUGAGACGUGUAUUGCUCCGAAUCCAUGUCGGGAUGUGCUCUCGUUGAUGUACUCCUGUGGAAUGUAUGAUGCAUCUGGACAGUUUUCGUUCAAUGUUAGAAUCUCUAAUUUUCUAAAAAAAUUAUUUAAAAAAUUGCAGGUCGGCCUCCCAGCAAAAUCUGGAGUGUCUGGCGCGAUGAUUGUCGUGGUACCUAAUGUGAUGGGUCUUUGUCUAUUCUCCCCGCCAUUGGAUACCCUUGGAAACAGUUGCAGAGGAGUUGCGUUUUGCAAGAAACUUGUGUCCACGUUCAACUUCCACAAUUACGAUUGUUUGGUGCAUAACUCAAAUAUGAAGAGUGAUCCGAGACGACGAGACAUAAGAGAACGAGAUCGUCUGAUUCCUGUAUUCCAUGUGGCGCGUGCUGGAGAUCUCCCAACGAUGAGAAGACUCUACAUGCAGGGAGAGGAUCUGAACACUUCGGAUCAUGACGAUCGAACAGUUUUACACAUCGCCGCUACAGAAGGAUAUGAAACCAUGAUCAAGUUCUUGGUCAAUGUGGCAAAAGUUGAUGUGGAGAAAAAAGAUCGAUGGGGGAAAAAUGCGUUGGAUGAGGCAAAGUUCUUUGAGCACACCGGGGUGGCGAGGUUUUUGGAGAAGGCUAUGAAGAGGCCAGAACAACACCGCAAAGAUUCGGUCUCCUCGCUGGACACAGACGACGAAAUCGACGAUGACGGAUUCCCAGAAAAGCCAUGUUUUACUAUUGAAUAG